UCCGAGACCUCUAUUUCCCUAAUCCUUACAUCUGCUUGACCAUCCUGCCACAAUGUCUGGCAAGUACGUUUUCACUCAGGGCCUGAAGGAGCUCCGCUUCCUCUUCUGCCAGACCUCCGAAGCGAGCGCGGCCACAAGAUCUUUCCUGAACCGCGCCUACCCGACUAUGAAGAAGCACAACCCCCAGACUCCCAUCAUGAUGCGCGAGGCCGCAGGUACCCAGCCCCGGGUCUAUGCCCGAUAUGCUUUUGGCCAGGAGAAGCAAGAAGCGCUGUCCGGCCUGUCGGACACCCAGAUCGAAGAGCGCAUUACACAGUUGGUGAAGCAGCAGCUAUAA